GACGGCGGGCCGCGGCGGGCCGGGCCGGGCCGGGCCGUGCCGGGCCGGGAUGGAGGCCGUGCCCCGCAUGCCCAUGAUCUGGCUGGACCUCAAGGAGGCCGGCGAGUUCGCCUUCAACGCCGCCGUCAAGAAGUUUGUCCUGAAGAACUAUGGGGAGAACCCAGAGAACUACAACGAGGAGCUACGGAAGCUGGAGGUGCUCCGGCAGAGUGCCGUGAACGUGCCCAGGGACUUUGAAGGCUGCAGCACGCUGAGGAAGUACUUCGGCCAGCUCCAUUACCUGCAGAGCCGGAUCCCCAUGGGCGCCGAGCAGGAGGCUGCAGUUCCCAUUGCGUGGACUGAGAUCUUUUCGGGUAAGACGGUGACUCACGAGGACAUCAAGUAUGAGCAGGCGUGCAUCCUCUACAACCUGGGUGCGCUGCACUCCAUGCUGGGCGCCAUGGACAAGAGGGUGUCCGAGGAGGGCAUGAAGGUUUCGUGCACCCAUUUCCAGUGUGCUGCUGGGGCUUUUACGUACCUGAGGGAUCACUUCACCCACUCCUACAGCGUAGACAUGAGUCAUCAGAUCCUCAACCUCAACAUCAACCUCAUGCUGGGGCAGGCGCAGGAGUGUCUCCUGGAGAAGUCCAUGCUGGACAACAGGAAGAGUUUCCUUGUGGCCCGGAUCAGCGCCCAGGUUGUAGAUUACUACAAAGAGGCCUGCCGGGCUUUGGAAAACUCAGAAACUGCUUCACUGCUGGGAAAGAUCCAGAAAGACUGGAAGAAGUUGGUUCAGAUGAAGAUCUACUAUUUUGCUGCUGUGGCCCAUUUGCACAUGGGAAAACAGGCUGAGGAGCAGCAGAAAUUUGGGGAAAGGGUCAUCUACUUCCAGAGUGCUCUGGAUAAGCUCAAUGAAGCUAUCAAACUGGCAAAGGGCCAGCCGGAAACCGUCCAAGAAGCCUUGAGAUUCACCAUGGACGUGAUUGGUGGCAAGUAUAAUUCAGCCAAGAAGGACAAUGACUUUAUCUACCACGAAGCUGUGCCUGCCCUGGACACCCUGCAGUCAGUUAAAGGUGCCCCGCUUGUGAAAGCCCUCCCUGUCAACCCCACGGACCCGGCUGUCACUGGCCCUGAUAUAUUUGCCAAGCUGGUUCCCAUGGCCGCCCAUGAGGCGUCUUCACUGUACAGUGAGGAGAAGGCAAAACUGCUGAGAGAUGUGAUGGCAAAGAUCGAAGCCAAGAAUGAAGUGCUGGACCAGUUCAUGGACUCCAUGCAGCUGGACCCCGAGACCGUGGACAACCUGGACAUGUACAGCCACAUUCCCCCCAUCCUGAUGGAGAAGUGUGCCGCGCUGAGUGUGCGCCCGGACACUGUCAAGAACCUGGUCCAGUCCAUGCAGGUGCUCUCUGGGGUCUUCACUGACGUGGAGGCCUCCCUGAAGGAGAUCAGAGAUCUUCUUGAGGAGGACGAGGCUGAAGAGCGGAAGCUGCAGGAGCUGCUUGGGAAGAGCCCACCACCGCAGGCGUCUUCUCUGUCCCCGGGGCUGGCUGAGGUCAGCAAGGAGUGCUCCAAGUACAUGGAGGUGCACGAGAAGGCCAGCUUCACCAACACGGAGCUGCACAAAGCGAUGAACCUGCACAUCGGCAACCUCCGACUGCUCAGCGGGCCCCUGGAGCAGGUCCGGGCCGCGCUGCCCUCGCCCUCGCUGACCGAAGAUGACAAGCAGGUGCUGCAGAACCUGAAGCGGAUCCUGGCCAAGGUGCAGGAGAUGCGGGAUCAGCGGGCAUCCCUGGAGCAGCAGCUGCGCGAAAUGAUCCAGAAGGACGAUAUCACCACGUCGCUGGUCACCACCGACCGCUCCGAGAUGAAGAAACUCUUUGAGGAGCAGCUGAAGAAAUAUGACCAGAUCAAGGUGUACCUGGAGCAGAACCUGGCUGCCCAGGAAAACGUCCUGAAGGCCCUGACAGACGCCAAUGUCAAAUAUGCAGCUGUGCGCAAGGCCCUGGCCGAGGUGGAGCACAAGUGGAACACCACCGUUCAGACCUUGGUGGCCUCAUACGAAGCCUAUGAGGACCUGAUGAAGAAAUCGCAGGAGGGGAAGGACUUCUACACGGACCUGGAGGGGAAAGCUGCCAAGCUGCUUGAGAAGGCCCGGGCGGCCUGCCAAGCUGCCGAAGCCAACAGGCAGCAGAUCUUGGAGAAGGAGAUGAAGAAGCAGCCGCCCCCUCGGCCCACCGCCCCCAAACCAGCCUUGCAGAAGAAGCCGUCGGAGCUGGACCUGGAGGGGGCCGGGGCGCUGGACGCCGGCGAGCUGCCGCCGCUGGGCGCGCUGGGGCUGGCGGACCUGCCGGAGGACCUGCGCAGCCUGCCCCCGGACGUGCUGGCCGGCCACCUGGCCCGCCUGCCGCCCGCCACGCUGGCCGCGCUGGCCCUUGACCCGGCCCUGGCCGCGGGGCUGCGACCCGCCGGCCCCGAGCUCUUGCCGCCGGCCGCCAGGCUGGCAAGCGCCCCGCUGCAGCCGCCCCCCGCGCCGGGCCGCCUCCCCGGCCCCUUCGCCCCUGCCCCCUUCCCCGCCGCCCCGGCGCUGCCUGGCCACUACCGCCUGCCGGCAGCGGCCGCCUCUGCGCCAGGCCCCUUCCCCGCCGGCGCCCCGGUGCUGCCGGCGCAGCUCCUGCAGCCCUCCGCCCCCCAGGCGGCCGGGCUCCCUCCCAGCUCGGCCCCCUCCUCUGCCCCCCAGCUCUUCCCGGCCACCCCCAUCGUCCGAGGCCCGGUGCAGCCCGGCUAUACCGGGCCCCACGUGCUUCCACCGCCGUCGUCCCCGCAGCACGGCCCCACUCUGCCUCCCGGUGCCUCCUACGGCCCCGCUCAGCCCAGGGUGCCGGCGCCCGGCCCCCUGCGCCCCCCGGGGCCAGCACUGGCGGGGGCCCCCGAGCCAGCCCCGGGCGUCCGCCCGGCCACCACCACGGUGGACAGCGUCCAGGCCCCCAUCCCCAGCUGUGCCGCCCCCCACGGCGGCGGCCCCCCACGGCUCCCCGGGCCUCCUCUGCCCCCAGGGGGCUUCCUGGCCCCGCAGCGCCCUGGCGGCCCCCCGGCCCCCUUUCCCUAUGCCCAAGGCGGGCUGCAGCCCUUUGGGCAGCCGGCGCAGCACCCUUUCCCCGCUGCGCAGCACCCACACGCCUUCACCCCCCGCAGCCCAGCUGCAGCCCGGCCUGAGCUGCCGGCUCACUCCCAGGGCCUCGGCGGCCCCCAGCCCUUCCCGCCGGCUGCCCCCUUCCUGCCCUCGAGCGGGCCCCCGGCCCCACUGCCCUUCCAGCCGCCGGCGCAGUUCACCCAGCCCUUUGCCGGCCCCGGGGGGCAGCUGCCGCCACCGGCGCCCAGCCAGCCCCCGCUGCGCCCACAGCUCUACCAGCUCCCAGGCCAGGACAAGCUGCCACCCCACGGGUUGGCGCCCCACACCAGCGCCCUGCCCUUCGCUGCACCGGUACCGCGGCCCCCUGGGCCCAGCAUCUCGCCCGCGCCACCCCUGCACCCGGCGCUGGGUGGGCUGCAGCCAGUGCCCGCCGGCUCCCCGGUGCCACCCUUCUGCCCCAGCCCUGCCCCACGGCAUCCGGCGCCCGCCAGCCAGCCCGGCCCCCACCACGUGCCCCCCUCCCCCAGCCCUGGCCUGAGCCAGCUGCCGGGCCCCGGCGUGGUGCAGGGCCCGCUGGCGCCGUCCCCGGUGCCCGUGCAGCCGCCGGCUCUGGCGCCCGGCUCCGGCGCGCUGCCGCAGAGACCUCCACCCUCGCUGACGCCAGGCUCAGCCCCGCUCACCCAGGGCCCCGGCGAGGCCCCCUUCCAGCGGCAGAGCUCCUCCACCGACGACCUCCUCUCCUCCAGCCCCGAGAGCCAGCACGGCGGCUCCAAGGCGGCCGUGGGGCAGCCCCUGCUGCAGCCCACCAAGGCCGACGCCAAGGAGGGCCAGAAGCCCAAGGCGGUGCAGCUCAUCGAGACCGACCCCUACGAGAAGCCCGAGCGCGUCCUGCGGCUGCAGGCGGAGCUGGGCCGUUUCCGGAGCCUGGUGGAGCGGCUGGAGCGCCCGGGCCCCGGCGGCGCCACCGAGCUCGACGCCGUCUGGAAGGAGCUGCAGGACGCGCAGGAGCGGGACGCGCGGCAGCUCUCCAUCGCCAUCGCCCGCUGCUACUCCAUGAAGAACCGCCACCAGGACAUCAUGCCCUACGACAGGAACCGCGUAGUGCUCCACUCGGGCAAGGACGACUACAUCAACGCCAGCAGGGUGGAGGACCUGUCGCCCUACUGCCCCACCAUCAUCGCCACGCAGGCCCCGCUCCUGGGCACCGCCGCCGACUUCUGGCUCAUGAUCUACGAGCAGAAGGUCUCCGUCGUCGUCAUGCUGGUGUCGGAGCAGGAGCUGGACAAGCAGAAGGUGCUGCGGUACUUCCCGCCGGAGCGGGGCCAGCCCGUGGUGCAGGGGCCCGUCACCCUCGUCCUCACCAGCCUCAAGGCGACCCCCACGCACGUGGAGCGCAUGAUCACGCUGCAGUACCGCGACCAGAGCCUCAAGCGCACCGUCAUCCACCUGCAGUUCACCUCCUGGCCGGAGCUGGGCCUGCCCGACAGCAAGGGGAGCCUCCUCCGCUUCGUCCAGGAGGUGCACGGCCACUACCUGCACCAGCGCCCGCUGCACACGCCCGUGGUGGUGCACUGCAGCUCCGGCGUGGGCCGCACCGGGGCCUUCUGCCUGCUCUACGCGGCCAUGCAGGAGGUGGAGGCCGGCAACGGCAUCCCGCACCUGGCCCAGCUGGUGAAGCGGAUGCGGCAGCAGCGGAAGCACAUGCUGCAGGAGAAGCUCCACCUCAAGUUCUGCUACGAAGCCGUCCUGCAGCACGUGGAGCAGCUGCUGCAGCGCCACGGCGUCGGCGCGCCGGCCGCCUGCAAGCCCCCCAACAACACCUCCCCCAAGCUCUACUUCCACCAGGACCCCCAGGACCUGGUGCUGGGCGGGGACAUGCCCAUCAGCUCCAUCCAGGCCACCAUCGCCAAGCUGAGCAUCAAGCCGGCGGGGGCUGGCGCCGAGCCGGGGGGGAGCUGGACGCCGGAGCCCGCUGCGGCGCCCGAGGCCCUGGACGGCGAGGUGAUGCCGGCGCUGCCGGAGAGCGCCCCGGAUGGCGUCGGCCCCCCCGUUCCCGAGCCCCCCGCGCCGGGGCCGCCCCUCCCUGAGGCGCCCAGCACCCCCGAGAGCAGCAACCCGGCGGAGGAGGCGGCGGCGCCGGCGGCGCCCCGGGGCGAGGUGGCGCUGCCCCCCGCGGCCCCCUGCUCCUCCUCGCUGGAGCUGCUGGCCUCGCUGACGCCCGAGGCCUUCACCUUGGACGCCUCGCUCAAGGGCAAGCAGCGCAUGAACAAGCAGAACUUCCUGCAGGCGCAGCCGGGCGAGGGGCUGCGGGGGCCCCGGCCCAGCGACGACCCCCUCAGCCUGCUCGACCCGCUCUGGACGCUCAACAAGACAUGAGGGGCAGCGCGUCGGGGGGGGGGGGGCACCCCUGGGUGCUGCUGUGCCCAGCAGCACCGCAGCUGCCUCACGUCCCG